AUCCAGUUCCACUAGACCUGAAUACUCUACAGAAGAGAGUGUUUGGAUUAGGAGAAGGUGAUCAGAGAAAGACGAAGUAGACGGAAAUGGCUCCAGGAGCUUUUGCCAACAACGGGCCAGUCGGGGACUAUGCCGGCGGGAUAACGGCGUCCGUCGUCAUCACGUGCAUAGUUGCCGCUUCAGGUGGCGCCAUAUUUGGCUAUGAUAUUGGGAUUUCAGGGGGUGUAACAACAAUGGUGCCAUUUCUUCAAAAGUUUUUUCCCUCAAUUCUGAGGAAUGCGGCGGAGGCCAAAACAAACAUGUAUUGUUUGUAUAAUAGCCAGACUUUGACAGCAUUUACAUCGUCGCUAUAUAUUGCUGGGUUAGCUUCAUCCUUGGUGGCUAGCCGACUCACGGCCUCCUUCGGCCGCAGAAACAUCAUGGUGCUGGGUGGUUUCACAUUUCUUGCUGGUGCGGCCAUAAAUGGUGGGGCUGAGAAUAUUUUCAUGCUGAUUUUAGGCCGUAUCUUGCUUGGACUUGGUGUUGGUUUCACUAACCAGGCAACUCCUGUUUACCUCUCGGAGAUGGCACCCCCCAAAUGGCGUGGCGCAUUCAACGUCGGCUUCCAAUUCUUCCUAGGUUUUGGAGUCAUCAUAGCGAGCGUCAUCAACCUUGGAGCAUUUCGCGUCAGCUGGGGCUGGCGCUUCUCCCUCGGCUUUGCUGUGGUCCCAGCUGCCAUCAUGACCAUCGGAGCCCUACUCAUCUCCGACACCCCUAGCAGCCUUGUUUUGCGUGGAAAAUUCGAACAAGCCAAACAAUCCCUCAUCAAAGCCCGAGGAAUUGGGACCGACGUCGAACCGGAGCUGAAUGAUCUUAUCAAGUCGAGCGCGAUAGCCAAAGCAGCAACUGAGGAGCCGUUUGCGACCAUAUUUGAGAGGCAGUAUCGGCCCCACCUCGUGAUGUCCAUUCUAAUACCCCUUUUCCAACAAGCUACUGGGAUUAACAUAAUCGCAUUUUACGGACCUGUAAUAUUUGAGUCAGUGGGGUUUGGACAUAAUGGGGCUUUGUUAGCAGCACUUGCACUGGCAUCGACUAACUUCGUUUGCAUCAUGGUGUCUGGUGCGGUGGUUGAUCGGUUCGGUCGAAGGUUUUUGUUACUAGAAGGUGGAGUUCAUAUGUUCAUUUUCCAGGUGGCUGUGGCUGUCUUGUUAGCGGCGGUCACCGGUGUUUCUGGCACCAAGCACAUAUCCAAGGGCUCCGGCGUACUCAUGCUCAUCCUAAUGUGCAUCUACGUCGCGGGUUUUGCUUGGUCAUGGGGACCCCUUGUUUGGCUUAUUCCCAGCGAAAUAUUUCCAAUGAAAAUCCGUAUGACAGGCCAAAGCAUUAGCAUCGCGGUCAACUUCGCCGUCACCUUUGUGUUGACCCAAACUUUCUUGUCAAUGCUUUGUCACUUCAAGUUCGGUGCUUUCUUGUUCUAUGCCGGUUGGAAUGUUGUGAUGACCGUUUUCGUUCUGCUAUUUUUGCCGGAGACGAAAGGGAUUCCCCUGGAUUCCAUGUAUGUAGUUUGGGAGGAGCAUUGGUAUUGGCAUAGAUUUGUCAAGGCUCGGUCGUCUAGUGUUAUGCCUUAACUCCAUUGAAUAUUGGUUGAAAAAACAUGGGAUUUGGGCAUCUGUAUGAAUAUUGUUCUUUGUGAUUUUGUAAGAUUGUGACGUUGUAUGAUCCGUUCAUUGUGCAAUCUGAUCAGUUCAGCUUUGUGAAAUUCAUACGUGUAUUGACUCCUAAUUCGUUGACUAUGACUUUUUAGGGUAAUCGAGAUCAUGGAUUUAGACCGGCGGACA